AUGAUGAUGACCAGCAUCGUCCACCAGUCCCCCGGCGGCACCACCUCCCUCAAUGGGAAGCCCGUUAGCGGCGGCAACCACAAGCCAGCGCCCGCCCUGUCGCCAGUGCCAAAUGGCCACCUGCGCGUGCCGUCCGGCAGGCGCUCCUCGCUCACCAUCUCGCGCCGCACCCUCUCGCUCGAGGCCGUGCCCGAGGACCCCGAGUCCCAGCGCUGGAGCGACACAAUCCGUUCCGACCGAUCUCGCCGUGUCUCGUCCCGUAGAACCGGGGGCAACAUCACCCCGAUCGGCGGCAUCACGACCGAAGAUGAAGACCGGGUUCUCGUCGGCACCAAAGUGGCUGAAGGCCAUGCCAACUACGAGACCGCGUAUAACAUGCUCACCGGUAUUCGCUUCACUGUCAGUAGAACGCAGGCGAAGCUGGACCGGCCGCUCAACAUCGAGGACUUCGACACGAAGCACAAGUUCUCCUUCGACGUCGGCGGCGGCGAACUCACGCCUGCAACUAAGUACGACUUCAAGUUCAAGGACUACGCCCCUUGGGUCUUUCGUGAGCUGCGUAACAAGUUCCACAUCCACCCAGCGGACUACAUCAUGUCUUUGACAUCCAAGUUCGUCCUCACCGAGCUCUCCUCGCCGGGCAAGAGCAAGAGCUUCUUCUACUUCAGCCGCGACUUCAAGUACAUCAUCAAGACGAUUCACCACCACGAACACAAGUUCCUCCGCAAGAUCCUCAAGGACUACUACAAGCACGUCGAGGAGAACCCCAACACCCUCAUCUCCCAAUUCUAUGGACUGCACCGGGUUAAGAUGCCGUUUGGUCGCAAGAUCCACUUCGUGGUCAUGAACAACCUCAUGCCACCCCACAAAGACGUGCACAGCGUGUACGAUCUCAAAGGCAGCACCCUCGGACGCGAAUACCCGGAGGACAAGCUGGCCGAGAAACUGAAGAACGAACAAUUCCACCCCACCCUCAAGGAUUUGAACUGGCUCAACCGCGGCCUCAAUAUCGAAUUGGGACACAACGAGAAGGAGAGAUUCGUCGAGCAGCUGGAGAAGGACACCAAGUUCCUCAAGAAGCUCAAGGUCAUGGACUACUCGCUCUUCGUCGCCACCCACGACCUCAACCGCGGCAACAAAGACCGGCUGCGCGACAAGACACUGCAAGUCUUCCAGCCCAACCCCGAAGACAACGGGCCACAACCCGGCGUCCUUGCCCGUACGCCCAGCAAACUCGAGCACGCUAGGCGCGUGCGAGACCUCAGAGAGAGUGUGAAGAAGGAAAGGCCGGUGCCAAUGCAGUCGGCGACGGACAUUAUGCCUGAUGAGGCCGAUAGGACCGGCGAAUUCUACACGGACGACGGCGGAAUCCGAGCUACCAACUCGGACGGCACACCGAGUUCGACGGUUUAUUAUCUGGGCAUCAUCGACUGCCUGACACGGUACAACACAGUGAAGAAGCUGGAACAUCUUUGGAAGGGGUUCACGGCAGGAAAGGAGGAGCCGAAGAUCUCGCCGCUCCCACCACAACGGUACGGCGACCGCUUCGUCAACUUCAUCAAGCGCAUCACCAAGGGCGCAGACGUGGCGGAGAAGCAAAGGGCAUCGGACAGCGCGAGGAACAGCGCCGGCUCGCAGAGACAGAGCGGAGGACAGCAGCGACCAAGCAGAGAGUCGCCGCGGACCAGCGGAGAGGGCAACAGAGAGAAGCCCAUGAUGAGGACGAUGCGGUCCUCGUGA